GGCAAGAUGGCGGUGGCCAAGAGAAAACGGCGUGGAGGCCUGGUGAUCCAGGCCAAGAAGCCAAAAAGAAAUGAAAAAGAUGCCGGGUCGCUGGCUAAGCUACGAGAUGUGGCAGAGGAGGCGGAGGAAGAAGAGAGAGAUCGUAUCCCAGGCCCUGUUUGCAAGGGCAAGUGGAAAAAUAAGGAACGGAUUCUCAUCUUUUCUUCCAGAGGAAUAAAUUUCAGAACAAGACAUUUAAUGCAAGACUUAAGAAUGUUGAUGCCUCAUUCUAAAGCAGAUACUAAAAUGGAUCGUAAAGAUAAGUUGUUUGUUAUUAAUGAGGUCUGUGAAAUGAAAAACUGCAAUAAAUGUAUUUAUUUUGAAGCCAAGAAAAAACAAGAUCUUUAUAUGUGGCUUUCAAAUUCACCUCAUGGGCCAUCUGCUAAAUUCCUUGUUCAAAAUAUUCAUACCUUAGCUGAACUAAAGCUGACUGGAAACUGUUUGAAAGGAUCUCGGCCUCUUUUGUCUUUUGACCCUGUUUUUGAUGAAUUACCACAUUAUGCUUUGUUAAAAGAACUCUUCAUUCAGAUUUUUUGUACACCACGGUAUCAUCCCAAAAGCCAACCAUUUGUGGACCACGUGUUUACUUUCACCGUUUUGGAUAAUAGGAUAUGGUUUCGGAACUUUCAGAUUAUAGAAGAGGAUGCUGCUCUUGUAGAAAUAGGACCUCGUUUUGUCUUAAAUCUCAUAAAGAUAUUCCAGGGAAGUUUUGGAGGACCAACUUUAUACGAAAAUCCUCAUUACCAGUCACCAAACAUGCAUCGGCGUAUCGUGAGAUCCAUCACAGCUGCAAAAUACAAAGAGAAACAGCAAGUGAAAGAAGUGCAGAAACUGAGAAAGAAAGAACCAAAGACUGUUCUUCCACAUGAUCCCACUGACGAUGUUUUUGCUAUACCAGCUGAGGAAAAACCCAUAGAAAUACAGUGGGUAAAACCAGAGCCAAAAGUCGAUUUGAAAGCAAGAAAAAAAAGGAUAUACAAAAGGCAAAGAAAAUUGAACCAGAAGAUGAACAGGGGGAUUGCAAAAUGAAUCAAUGGAUAACUAAUUUGUUUUUCAGUUAUUUUAUAUUUAUUUUGUAUUCCAUGUGCAAAUACUUUCAUUUUCUAGAACUGUCUAAUAGCUAAUUGGUGUGGCAUUUAAAAGAAAGGAAAAAUAAUUGCCAAUGAUUUCUUUUGACUUCAGUGGUGUCUAUGUUUUUCUAAAUAAAA